ACUCAGUUUUCAGAGACAUCUCCUCACAGGCCGUUCGUCAUUGUUGACAAACUUUGGCAAUCCCAGAGAAUAGAUUUUGGAAAUAUUUCCAACUAUUAUCUUUUCACAUUCCCAGAGAAGAUAAUUAGAAGUGUUUCCAAGUAUUUACUAAGUGCCUGGAAACACAUUAACUUCACUAAUCGAACGUCUGUUACUAAACUGCUGCUGGUAUAUCGAAAGUAAAUUUUUUGUUAUAAAGAGGCUUGUGUUUUGUUUUGGCAAUUUUUAGGUUAUGUAAGAAAUUCACGUAGAGGUCAAAUAAUAUUUUCUACCUGGUUUGAAGAUGUUGCGUUCUGUGAUAAAAGCUGUGCCGCCACUGCAGCACGCCCACGGCAGCGUCCUGGGGUCGCUCGCGCCGGCGUGCGUGCGCACGAGACCCCACGCCACCUCCGUCACGCAGCAGCAACCCACAGACGUGACACCGGCCAAGAAGCCCUACUCGCCGUUCCAGAACACCAGCAACUGGGCGGAGUUCGCGUUGGCCAGGCUGGACGACCUGCUCAACUGGGGCAGGAAGAGCUCGAUCUGGCCGCUGACGUUCGGCCUGGCGUGCUGCGCGGUGGAGAUGAUGCACAUGGCCGCGCCGCGCUACGACAUGGAUCGCUAUGGCGUGGUGUUCCGUGCGUCUCCCCGCCAGGCUGAUGUCAUCAUCGUGGCAGGCACCCUCACCAACAAGAUGGCUCCUGCCCUCCGCAAGAUAUACGACCAGAUGCCGGAACCACGCUGGGUCAUAUCCAUGGGCAGCUGCGCGAACGGCGGCGGCUACUACCACUACUCGUACUCGGUGGUGCGAGGCUGUGACAGGAUCAUCCCAGUAGACAUAUACGUCCCAGGAUGUCCCCCGACGGCAGAAGCACUCCUGUAUGGCGUACUGCAGCUUCAGAAGAAGGUGAAGAGGAUGUCGACCCUGCAGAUGUGGUAUCGCAAGUGAAGGAGUACCACACAGCUUAGGUCUGCAUACAACUUGUGUGCACUUGUACAGUUCACGUAAAUUACAUGUUACAGUGUAUUCGUGUUAUUUAAUUUUGAUUAUAAAUAAAAGUGAACAGUUUCUUACUGUUUAAUAAAUAAA